AUGCGUACUCAGGCCUCCUGCAGAAGGUACUGGCUGCCAUACAGACAGCUGCCCUGUCCCAAGACCUACGAUCCUGUCUGUGGGCCCGAUGGCCUGACCUACGACAACGAGUGCCUCCUCUGUAGAGCAAUCUGGCGUUGCAAAACAAUUGACAAAAGGCACCAUGGAAAAUGCAUUCAGCAGGCCUCCUGCAGAAGGUACUUGCUGCCUCCAUACACAGAGCUGGCCUGUCCCAAGACCUACGAUCCUGUCUGUGGGACCGAUGGCCUGACCUACGACAACGAGUGCCUCCUCUGUAGAGCAAUCUGGCGUUAUAAAGUGAUUGAAAAAAAACAUGAUGGAAAAUGCGUUCAGAUCAACUGUGCUGGCUACCUGAGAGCAACCGACAGUGCUGCCAGAAUCUGCACCAACGAGUACAACCCAAUCUGUGCGAGCAACGGGAUCACCUAUCCCAACCAGUGUUUCUUCUGCUCUGCAGUGGCGAAUGGAGUUGACAUGGACCUAAUAGGACCUGGAGAAUGUGUGACGAUUGACUGCAAAAGCUACCUCCGUGUCAAAGGUACCUGCACCUUGGAGGAUGAGCCAGUUUGCAGCUAUACUGGCAAAAUGUACAGAAACAAAUGCGAGUUGUGUUCUGCAUUUCAAUCGGAUCCAAAGCCUAUUUUCCUCAAACAAAUUGAGGAGUGCAGAAGAAUAAUACCAUAG